AUGCCAAUCUUAUCCGAUUCAUCAAGAAGUAUAGUUACAGACAAUGGAACGAGAUUACCUUAUGAUAAGGUAAUGUUUAAUUCUUCUCCAGCAAUAGAGAAUCGAAAACGACAUACUUGUAGCAGCACUCAAGGAGCUUCACUUCCAAUGUAUAAUACUACUACUUCCCCAACUACAUCACCAACAUCGCCGACGAGCACUUCUUUAUUGCCAAGUAUCAAUAUUUUGACUACGUCAUACACACCAUCAUCAAAUGGAUCAGACUCGAAUGAUCAACAAAAAAAUAACACGAUUCUAUUAAAAGAAACUAAAGUUGAUGAAAGUACAACUACCGCAGCUCCGUCCGAAAGGAAAUUCCUACCACAAGAUCUACCAAAAAUUGCUACGAAUUUUGUUCAAGCGUCAAAGAUCAAUAAUUUAAGAGUUUCUUCCUUUAAUGUGCCACCAAAGAGACCUCAACAUCAACGUAUAGCUUCGGAUGAUGACGCGUUAGCUACAUUACCAAGUCCUGCUACUUCGGUUUGUGACUUUCCUGCUGCUCAUUAUUUAAAACAUACACCACCAAUUCGGAAAAUAAGUUCAUCAAGCUUGAAUGCAGAUAUUAAAAAUCAACCGCAUCACCGUUCAUCUUCCGAAAGUCAUUUGCAAAAUGGUAAUUCGGUUGUAGAAGAAUGUAAUCAAACAAGUGAUGAUACAGGCCCAAUAUUUGGUCAUCACACGUUACAACAAAGAUUAUCGAAACUUGGUUUGUCAAAAGCCGCAGAAUUAAUCAGCCAUUAUGUGAUCUUAAAGACAAUUGGUAAAGGUUCUUUUUCAACAGUGAAAUUAGCGAUUGAUUUGAAUACUUGCAAAAAAGUAGCAAUUAAAAUGAUCGAGAUAAAAGGAAUACAAGGCAGCGAAAGGUUAAAGGCAAGCGUUUCUAGGGAAGUUGAACUUUUAAAGUAUAUUAAUCACCCAAAUAUCGUUGGACUUUUGGAUACGAUCGACACGCCGACACAUCUUUGUCUUGUUCUUGAAUAUGUUCCAGGAGGUGAAUUAUUUGAUUAUGUGAAUGAUAAUUAUGAAAAUUCAACUGAAGAAGAAAGUAAGCAUAUAUUUCUUCAGUUAGUUAACAUCAUAGAAUAUUUACAUGAAAAUAAUAUUGUACACCGAGAUUUGAAAUUAGAGAAUAUUUUAAUAGAUUCAUCAUCACCAGAUGAACCAAUUAUUAUUAAAUUAACAGAUUUUGGUUUGGCAAAAUUCAUUAAUAAAUCAUCCCCAAUUUUAACUACACGAUGUGGAUCGGAAGAAUACGCGGCACCUGAACUUAUAUCGGGAAAUCCAUAUGAUGGGCGUAAGACCGAUGUAUGGUCGUUGGGAAUUAUUUUAUAUGCUUUAUUGGUUGGUUAUUUGCCUUUUAAUUUAGAACCUGGUCAAUCAAGAAGACAAUUUUUUAGUAAGAUUAUUAGAGCUGAUUUCACCUUUCCAGAUAGUCAAAAUGAAAUUGAUAGUAGAAGAUCUAGAAUUAGUGAAGAAGCCAAAAAUCUCGUUCACAGAAUUUUGCAAAAUAAUCCUCAAAGACGUCUCAGUUUAAGUGACAUUAAAAAUCAUCCUUGGUUAAAUGACGUUACUAUUUGA